AUGAGAUAUCACUGCCUAGUUCUCCUCUCUCUUAUGUUGGUCUCCUACGCUGCGUGCUCCGAUGCGGUGUUGGGAGGGUGGAGACCCGUCAAGGACUUGAAAGAACGGCACGUGGUGGAGAUCGCGGAGUAUGCGGUGAGUGAGUACGACAAGCGUUCCGGUGCAAAGCUGAAGCUAGUUAGCGUGGUGAAGGGCGAGACUCAGGUGGUGGCUGGCACCAACUACCGCCUCGUGCUCAAGACCAAGGACGGAUCCGCCAUCAACAAUUACGAGGCCGUUGUGUGGGAGAAAACUUGGCUCAAUUUCAGGAAUCUCACUUCCUUUAAAGCCCUUCAUUCCUAG